AUGACCUCAAGGACUCUGAUUACGGGUGCGGCGUCUGGUAUGGGCCAAUGCUGCGCCGUUGAUCUGGCACGCAAGGGCGACAAUCUGGUUCUAUGGGACGUGAAUGUUGAAGGGCUGCAGACUACUGUCCAGCUGUGUCUAGCUGAGAGCCCGGGUUGCAAAAUCUCGACAGCGAGAGUGGACGUGUCCGAUCGUGACGGGGUGACAAAAGCAUUCGAAGACAUCAAGACCGCUGGACUCAGUGUCACCAAGGUCGCUGCUGUGUCGGGGAUUGUUCGCUUCAACUCGUUAUUGAAUCCACAGUUUGAGGACGCUGAUCGCGUCAUGCAAGUCAACUACCAAGGAGUGGUCAAUACGAUGCAGGUGGCUUGUCAAGACCUCAUCCAGCACAAGGGGGCCGCCGUGAUGAUCGGCUCCACAGAGAGCAUUAUCGGUGGUGCCCCAUUACACUCAUACUGUGCCUCGAAACACGCGCUUCUGGGAUUUUGUCGAAGCGCGGCGAUUGAGCUGGGUCCUCAUGGAGUACGUGUGAACAUUGUCUCGCCCGGGAGCAUCAAGACACCGAUGUAUCAGCCGGAGAAGCUGGGCCCUGCGGCGGUGGAAAUGGAUCGUGCAAUGCAAGCCAGGACACCUCUCAGGCGCUUGGGAAAGCCGGAAGAGAUUGCAAAAGUGGUGUCGUUCCUCCUCAGUGACGACGCGAGCUACAUGACUGGUUCGAAUGUGGUUGUCGACGGUGGAGUGACAGCAUGA